AUGAGCGAGACUGAGAAAUGGCGAAAUAUACUAACGAGGAUAAUUGAUGUUGUAAUUUUUCUUAGCCAAAGAGGACUUGCUUUCCGUAGCUCAUCCCAGCGAAUUGACGACAUUCAUAAUGGGCACUUCUUGGGGAUCAUUGAACUCCUGGCCAAUUACGAUCCAAUUCUUGCUGAACAUGUUGCAAAGGUACGAGCUUCGCAAGAAAAAGGUGAACGGCUUCAAGUUCACUAUAUCUCAGGAUCAUCUCAAGUUGAAUUCAUUAGUAACUGCACAUAUUAUGUUCGGAGUCACAUUUUGGAUGAAAUAAGAGCCGCAAAAUAUUAUUCAGUCAUGGUUGAUGCAACACCGGAUUCUAGCCAUGUGGAGCAGACAACGUUCAUCAUUCGUUAUUUGGCCAAGGAUGAUACCGAAUUUGAACUUAAAGAACGAUUUUUAACCUUUGUUGAUUGUUGUAAGAAGACGGGGGCUGACUUAGCAAGCCUGAUUAUGGGAACACUCAAGCAUUUUGUGAUACCUAUAAAACAUUGUCGUGAACAGGGUUAUGAUAACGCUCCCAACAUGUCUGGCAAAUACAAUGGUACCCAACAGCACAUACUUGCUGUUAAUCCACUGUGCAUUUAUUCUCCAUGUGCCUGCCAUUCACUAAACUUAUGUGGAUUAGAUUCUGCAUCAUGUUGCAUGGAGGCAGUUACAUUUUUUUGGAGUAAUGCAAACAGUUUAUAA